AAACAACCAGCUUCAAGGUCUUUUUAAUCUUAGCUCUUGUGAUUUGAAUCUCAACAACUCCCAGCAAAGCUCAUGUGUUAAAAUGCUAGGCGACCAGCUUGAGGAGUCAUUUAAUUUCCAAAUUGAGUUACUUUAUUCUAUGUGCCUGUUUCAUUUUCAGGUACGGAUAGAAUCUUCUCAACAUCAUUUUUGAGAUUAAAACCCUGACUAGUGCUUGGAUAUAGUGAUGUAUAAUGCUUUUGGUUUUCCAGUCACUUUGUGAAUUUCUCAACAAAACAGAGAAUCACAAAUUUUAUUGUGCCGUCUUAUUUUUUGCUCAGCAUUAUGCCACACAUUCAGUAGUCUUUCUCAUUCCACACUUUCCCUCAAAUGACACGAGUAACCACCGCAAUCCGUAUCACUUUCCCCUCUGUGAACCUGCCGGUUCCGCCCCCCUUCUCCUCGAAUUCGGUCCAGUUUCGAAUUACCCCGGGAAAUAAUGAUCAGAGUCAGCCUGGCUCGAGCAUUCGGAGGCCACACUGGUUGGGUUCAUGAGAUUCGGUGACUGGGAGGAAGGAACCGGAAGGCGGUGGCCGCACAGGGAGUACCAGCUGAGAGGAAGUCAAACCCACGCCUGCCGUGCCAGGAGUGGGUCAACACCAACCCCAGCCAGAUGUACUUUGAGCCGGAGGGGCAGAGACCGGAAGUACAGCCCUCCCGGGUUACGAGCAGCCAAUCACAAGUGAGAACACUAGCAUAUAGGGCGGAAGAGAAGCGGCCCAGUUCCGGACGCGGCCGCCGCGGCCGCCAUCUGUCACCUCAUCUCCGGCACCGGCAGCCGGUUGUCCGUGUCCCGCCCGUGUCUUCGUCGGAGCCCGCCCCCCUCCUGUCACCUCUCGGCUCCGUCGUUGUCUCUGCCUUCUUCCCGGAAUGGAUCUGGUCGGAGUGUCUUCACCUGAACCCGGGCCCGCAGCAGCUUGGGGACCCAGUAAGUGCCCAUGGGCUACCCCUCAAAACACAGUAUCCUGUUCACUGGCGGAGGUGAUGAGUGAAGAAUUGGCCAAAGAGCUGCAGUUGGAAGAAGAAGCAGCUGCUUUCCCUGAAGCUGUCGUUGCUGAAGGACCGUUUAUUUCUGGAGAAAACAUGGACACCUCCAGCGACCUGAUGCUGGCUCAGAUGCUGCAGAUGGAAUUUGACAGAGAAUACGAUGCACAGCUUAGGCGUGAAGAAAAGAAGUUCAACGGUGACAGCAAAGUUUCCAUUUCAUUUGAAAACUAUCGGAAAGUUCAUCCCUUUGAAGACAGUGACAGCUCUGAGGACGAGGUUGACUGGCAGGACACUCGCGACGAUCCCUACAGACCAGCAAAGCCAGUUCCUACUCCCAAAAGGGGUUUUAUUGGAAAAGGAAAAGACAUCACAACUAAGCAUGAUGAAGUAGUAUGUGGAAGAAAGAACACAGCAAGAAUGGAAAACUUUGCACCUGGCUUUCAGGUUGGAGAUGGAAUUGGAAUGGAUUUAAAACUAUCCAACCACGUUUUUAAUGCUUUAAAACAACAUGCCUACUCGGAAGAACGUCGAAGUGCCCGUCUCCAUGAGAAGAAGGAACAUUCCACCGCUGAAAAAGCAGUUGAUCCUAAGACACGCUUACUUAUGUAUAAAAUGGUCAACUCUGGAAUGUUGGAGACAAUCACUGGCUGUAUUAGUACAGGAAAGGAAUCUGUUGUCUUUCAUGCAUAUGGAGGGAGCCUGGAGGAUGAAAAGGAAGAUGGUAAAGUUAUACCAACAGAGUGUGCCAUCAAGGUAUUUAAAACAACUCUUAAUGAGUUCAAGAAUCGUGACAAAUACAUUAAAGAUGAUUUCAGGUUUAAAGAUCGCUUCAGUAAACUAAAUCCACGUAAGAUCAUCCGCAUGUGGGCAGAGAAGGAGAUGCACAAUCUCACAAGAAUGCAGAAGGCUGGAAUUCCUUGUCCAACAGUUGUACUGCUUAAGAAGCACAUUUUAGUUAUGUCUUUCAUUGGCCACGAUCAAGUUCCAGCCCCUAAAUUAAAGGAAGUAAAGCUUAGUGAAGAAGAAAUGAAAGAUGCCUACCACCAGACUCUCCACUUGAUGCAGCAGUUGUACAAGGAAUGCACCCUUGUGCACGCCGACCUCAGCGAGUACAACAUGCUGUGGCACGCUGGGAAGGUCUGGUUGAUUGAUGUCAGUCAGUCGGUAGAACCGACCCAUCCUCAUGGCCUGGAGUUCUUAUUCCGUGACUGUAGGAACGUUUCACAGUUCUUCCAGAAGGGAGGAGUAAAGGAAGCCCUUAACGAGCGGGAGCUGUUCAAUGCUGUUUCUGGCCUGAGCAUCUCAGCAGACAAUGAAGCUGACUUCUUAGCUGAGAUAGAAGCUUUGGAGAAAAUGAACGAAGAUCAUGUUCAGAAGAAUGGAAGGAAAGCAGCCUCGUUUCUGAAAGAUGAAGGAAGCCCACCCAUGCUGUAUGCGGAGUAGUCCAGCAGAGAUGGCCAGCUGCCACAGCCAACGAGUGCGUGACCUGACCUGACCUACCAAAGCAGGAGUGGGCAGGGCUGCUUCUGUGCUCCUCACUCGUGACCCACGUGCCAGAUGUGUGCAAUUUUUAACUCGGCAUUGAAAGAAUAAAAUGUCACUACCUCUCAUCUUACAAAAAGGAUAAUAGAAUUCUUUAACACCUACAGAUGUGUAGCCAAAGGAGUCUGGAUUUUACACAACUCAUGAUCUGAAAUGUCUCGAUGAGGAUUUUCACAUAGGCAGUGUUUCCAAACGUGGGAGGUGGGGACUGAGGUUUUUGCAGGGGAGGCUCGAUGGCUGCACUGCUCCACGCCACUUGCCUCUUGCUUUCCCUGGCAGCUAUGGGUGAACGCUACCAUUUUAAAUCAGCCUUCUCAACUGCUGGACUGUGAGCCUGGAGACCCCAGUGGGUCUAGAAGUGGGCAUUUGGCUUCAGAGUGGAUGGCGGAAGUAGACAGAAGCAAUGUGCCUGGUGGUAGACCUCGGAUGUGUGGGAGUCUACAUUUCUGUCUCACCCAGGAAAGACGACAUGGGUUUCUGAAAGAUGAAUAGAGAAGGAUUUCUUAACUAAAUUUUAAAACUUUCAGGUUUUCUUCAUUUAGGUUAGAUGGUUGGGAUGUAAUUCAUCUACAUUUAUAAUGAAAUAUAAAGUAUCUGGAAGGGCAGAAUGUAAGAAUUGUAUCUGAUACAGUUUAAGAAGGCAAUGAAACAUUUCAGUUUACAUUUCCCUAAAAUUGUUCACAUAUUGAUUGCUAAUCAUUUGGAGAGAAAUAGAACAAAGUAACUAGAGCUCUAAAUAAGUGGAAGACAAAGUAAUGAAUUAACCAGCAACUCAGCUGUUGGCCUCUUUGCCCGUCUUCACCCUGGCUGGACUCAGCUUGAGAGGGGGAGGGAGCCUUCUUCUGAAGACCAGUGGCUGCUCUCACCUCAUUACCCCGCUCCAGGGGUCACAGUGGAUCCACUAAAACCUGGCUUUCUGUCCGGUUAUAAAGAGGAAAUGUAAUUUAUAUUUGAAAGGUUUUAACAUUAUUUAAAUGGCCAGCUAUGUUCUUUCUAGACUAUUUAUCUUUGUUUCUGUUAUACUGCUUUCAAUUGCAUUCCAGAGGAGUGGGAAUUUAGGUGACUCCUCCCUUACUCGAUGUUUGCCACUCCACACAGAGUUAAAUGAUGACUGAGUAUUGGCUGGACGGAAAUUCCAGAAAACUCAUUUGGAACAAUCAUUUAAAACUUUGUUUGCUUUCUUGACAUAAUCUUUCUCAAACCAUUGCCUGGAGUGUGCUAUGAACUUGCCUUUCAAGAAAUUAAAAAUGAAGAGAUCAUUUUAGAAUUGGU